GAGAGAUCGAGAGAGAUCUUGAUAUUUGGAACCAACUGAGCAGACGUACAAACGACUCUACAAACUGGCAGUGAGAGAAAGGUAAUCCAGUUCCAGCCAGAAUGGACGUGCUGACGUCACCAAGCAUGGGCCUGCACACCAUGCCGGAAGAAAUCCAGCACCCAUAUACUAAAUUUUCUGAAUGGAAGUUCAAGCUGUUUAAAGUGAGAUCAUUCGAAAAGGCACCUUCUGGAGACAACCAAGUGGCAAAUAAAGAGAAGGUGGCCUCUUUGGACAAAGGCACUAUGGUGCAGAUGGAUGUGGCAGUUCCAGUGGCAGAAAAGCCACUUCUGGCAGAUACAGACUUAAAUCACAAUAAGCAGGCUCUCGAAAAAGAUGCUGACAACCUGAAAAUGCAAGAGAAUGCAGCUCAUCAAGCAAACCUGCAGCAGCUCUGCCGCAUCUGUGGAGUUUCAUUUAAAACUGAUCGCUACAAGAGAAGUCAUCCUGUGCAUGGACCAGUGGACAGUGAAACUCAGGGACUUCUGAGAAAGAAAGAGAAAAGAGCAACAUCUUGGCCGGAUCUUAUUGCCAAGGUUUUUAAGAUUGACGUGCGAGGAGAUAUCGACACAAUCCACCCCACUCGGUUUUGUCACAACUGCUGGAGCAUCAUCCACAGAAAGUUCAGCAAUGCCCCAUGUGAAGUGUAUUUCCCGAGGAACAGCACCAUGGAUUGGAAGUCCCACUCCCCAAACUGCACUGUUUGUUAUACUGCUCGUCGUGGGGUCAAGAGAAAGAACCAGCCAUCCAAUUUACAGCUGGGCAAAAGGCUCAAGAUCAUUGCAGAACGUGCCCGAAAAACUAAAGGUGUAAAAAAACAAGUACAGGUGAACAACAAAAACCUUAUGAAAAAGAUUGCCAACUGCAAGAAGAUACAUCUUAGCCCCAAACUUCUUGCAGUUGACUACCCUGCAGAUUUCGUUAAGUCCAUCUCUUGCCAGGUCUGUGAGCAUAUUCUGGCAGACCCAGUGGAAACAACAUGUAGUCACUUAUUCUGCAGAACCUGCAUCCUUAAGUGCCUCAAAGUUAUGGGCAGCUAUUGUCCCUCCUGCCGAUACCCUUGCUUCCCUACGGACCUGGUGAGUCCAGUGAAAUCCUUCCUGAACAUCCUCAAUUCCCUGGCUGUGCGAUGCCCAGUGAAAGAAUGUGAUGAGGAGGUUUUGUUGGGCAAAUACUGCCAUCAUCUCUCCAGCCACAAAGAGGUGAAAAGGAAAGAGAUUUACACGCACGUAAAUAAAGGCGGCCGACCGAGGCAACACUUACUCUCAUUGACCAGGAGAGCGCAAAAGCAUCGUCUGAGAGAACUCAAGCUUCAAGUCAAAGCUUUUGCUGAGAAAGAAGAAGGAGGUGAUAUAAAGUCUGUGUGCCUAACCUUGUUCCUGCUGGCUCUGAGAGCAAGAAAUGAACACAGACAAGCAGAUGAGUUGGAAGCAAUAAUGCAAGGGAAGGGAUCAGGGCUUCACCCAGCUGUUUGCCUGGCAAUCCGAGUCAACACCUUUCUCAGCUGUAGCCAGUACCAUAAAAUGUACAGAACUGUAAAAGCUAUAACUGGGAGGCAGAUCUUCCAGCCAUUGCAUGCUCUCCGCACUGCUGAGAAGGCACUCUUGCCAGGUUAUCAUCCAUUUGAGUGGAAACCCCCUUUGAAAAAUGUGUCCACUAAUACAGAAGUGGGAAUUAUAGAUGGGCUAUCAGGGCUGCCACACUCAGUUGAUGACUACCCAAUAGACACGAUUGCCAAGAGGUUUCGAUAUGAUGCAGCCUUGGUUUCUGCCUUAAUGGACAUGGAGGAAGACAUUUUGGAAGGCAUGAAAGCACAAGACCUGGAUGACUAUUUGAAUGGCCCCUUCACUGUAGUGGUGAAGGAGUCUUGUGAUGGGAUGGGAGAUGUCAGUGAGAAGCAUGGAAGUGGACCAGCUGUCCCUGAGAAGGCAGUUCGAUUUUCUUUCACGCUCAUGAACAUCAGUAUAGCUCAUGGUAAUGAAAAUGUAAGGAUCUUUGAAGAAGUCAAGCCCAAUUCAGAGCUGUGUUGCAAGCCCUUGUGCCUUAUGCUGGCCGAUGAAUCGGACCAUGAGACUCUGACAGCCAUCCUGAGCCCUCUCAUAGCAGAAAGAGAGACCAUGAAAAGCAGCGUUCUGCUUCUUGAAAUGGGAGGCAUCCUCAGAACAUUCAAAUUUAUCUUUAGGGGUACAGGGUAUGAUGAGAAACUUGUCCGUGAAGUGGAAGGCCUUGAAGCCUCAGGCUCUACUUACAUCUGCACCCUUUGUGAUGCAACCCGCCUGGAAGCCUCUCAGAACUUGGUCCUCCACUCCAUAACAAGAAGUCAUGCUGAAAACCUGGAGCGGUAUGAGGUAUGGAGGUCCAACCCAUAUAAUGAAUCUGUUGAUGAGUUACGUGAUAGAGUGAAGGGUGUUUCUGCCAAACCUUUUAUUGAGACUGUUCCUUCCAUAGAUGCACUGCAUUGUGACAUUGGCAAUGCGGCUGAGUUCUACAAGAUAUUCCAGUUUGAGAUAGGUGAGGUGUACAAGAACCCUGACAUAUCUAAAGAAGAGAGGAAGAGGUGGCAGUCGACUCUUGACAAGCACCUUAGGAAGAAGAUGAACCUGAAGCCCAUAAUGAGGAUGAAUGGAAACUUUGCUAGAAAGCUUAUGACCAAAGAGACAGUGGAAGCAGUAUGUGAAUUAAUAAAGUGUGAGGAAAGGCAUGAAGCCCUAAGAGACCUGAUGGACCUUUAUCUUAAGAUGAAACCAGUGUGGAGGUCUUCAUGCCCAGCCAAAGAGUGCCCAGAAUUGCUGUGUCAGUAUAGCUUCAACUCACAACGUUUUGCUGAGCUCCUGUCCACAAAGUUCAAGUACAGAUAUGAGGGCAAGAUUACGAAUUACUUUCACAAAACUCUUGCUCAUGUUCCUGAAAUCAUUGAAAGAGAUGGCUCCAUUGGCGCCUGGGCAAGUGAAGGGAAUGAAUCUGGGAACAAAUUAUUUAGGCGUUUCCGAAAAAUGAAUGCCAGGCAGUCAAAAUGCUAUGAAAUGGAGGAUGUCUUGAAGCACCACUGGCUGUAUACCUCUAAGUACCUGCAGAAGUUCAUGAAUGCCCAUAAUACAUUGAAAAGUCAGGGCUUCACAAUCGAUCCAGAGCAGAGUUUAGAAGACUCUCUGGCAUUGGAAAACACUUUAGAAAUGACUGAUUCUAUGGCAUUCUAAACAUAACGAUCAUUUGAAUUGGGUUUGCAAUUAAGUCUUCCUGGACGGGGUGCAGUAAGGCCUGCAAAUAUCACUUUUACACUGAGUGUUAAAGGGAAUCUGUCCCUGCUCAGAGGAGUUUGGUAAACAUCUGGAUGGUAGUUUCCAGAAAAUGGUAAUACAGAGUAACUGGUUGGUGUCAUUUUCCAGCCAUUUUGUGAGGUAAAAGUGGAAAGAAAGGUGGUCAAUUUACUUUGGCCUCAGAUUAUUGUUUAAUAAAUAGCCAAAGUGACCCAACGUUUUUAGACUAUGUGAUGUGUGUGAAAUGAAGAGGAUUCAGAAGAUUUAUGACAGUUGCAAAGAAAGUGAGGAUGGUUUUUUUUUCUGUUUGCAUCAUUGCAUUUUACUUACUAUUUAAGAAUAGUUUUUCUUUUUUUAAUUGAUGGCCUCUCGUUUCUUAAAACAUGGAGACAUUUAGACAACCAUUCUGAAGUACAGAGUCAGUAUUUUUGUUCAAUAGGCAAUCUGUACUUCCAAGAUUAAAUCCCAAAUGGUGUAUAUCAUCUUAGCUCCACUGGGUGAAAUCCAAUGAAGACAAUGUCACAAUUCAUAUUGACUUCCAGAGACAGAAUUUCCCCUAUUGACCUUAAUGAAGCUACACUUAUAUACAGCAGCCAAGGAUCUGGCCUAUAGUGAUUCCUCAGUUCUGUAUAUUGCUAUUAUACUCUUCUAUAGGGUAUAUUUCACAGACUAAGGGAACCUUUUAUUGUGUUCUAGUCCUGGCUCUGAUAUUGACACUGCUGUCUGGAGCAUGUCAUUUAAUUUCUCUGCCACAGUUUCCAUGCCUAUAAAAUGGAAAUAGUUUUUACCUAUCUUACAGGCAUGUUGUGACAAUUAUUUAGUCAAUAAUGGUGAACUGCUUUGAAAAUGAAAUAGCUAUUUAAGCGCUAAGCAUUAUUACUUCAAUAUUUAGAAAGCUCACAAGAACAUUUUACAUUGGACUAGGGGCAUCAUUAAAAUGGUGACAAUUUUCUUGUACAGUGAUAUUGAUAGAUGCCUUAUAUACAUAAUGGGAAUAGAUCAGAUAGCACAGCAAACUUGACUCUUACAGGUGAUAAAUAUCCAGUCUUUAAUAGUGACCAUGGGUAAAAUGAUUUUAACAUAUUCGUUGAAUAUUUAUUAAAAAAUGUGGUGAAAUUUGGCAACCAAAUUAUUCCUGAACAUACUAAUCGAAUUAAUAGCAUACUUUAUGACCUUGAUGUGGCAAAUCACUUAAGCACAUGCUUAAUUUUAAGCACGAGAAUUGUCCCAUUAAACUCAGUAUGACUACUCGGAUGCUUAAAGUUAAGCACGUGCUUAAGUGCCUUGCUGGUUGGGGUCCAAAUUUAAAUUACAAAAUUAAUCAGAUAAACUUUUCAGGAAAUAUAAUUCAAAAGUACCUAAAUGACUGGGAGUUACGCUCCUAAACUCUUUUGAAAAUCCAACACUGCAUGCUCAUUACGCAAUGAUUAGCUGAGGUAUUUUGAUAUUUGGAGAAUUAUACAUGACACAGGAUUAAAUGCACAAAUAACUGCACAUGUGUUUUUUUUAAGCAAUUCAAUUUUGCUUUUAUUUUCUGUUUUGAUAUUGCAUUUGGCUCAUUGGCAAUUAAACUGUAAAGAGCUAAUAGUUUUUAUCUUUUGUAGUAGUUUUUAGUUGUGAUUAUAUACUGUAUCUUUUAGAAUUUGGUAUUUACCAUUUAUAGACAAUUUAUAGGGAGAAUUAAGUGCUAGUAAUUCCUAAAUAUAUUUUAGUGUUAUUUUGACUGAUUAUUUUGAUUUUAUUGGAUGCAAUAUCUACUUCUCAUAAAAGAGUUUUAUAAUUUAGAUUUCACACUUCAUAUCAUUUCCUUAAACAAACUUUAAGCAUUACAGAACUUUGGGUUGCCAAUAUUUAAUACAGGGUUUUUGGAACUUACAUGCUUCCAAAUAAUUUUUCAGAAGCACUGCAAAAAAUGGUGCCUUUUAUAUAUUUUGCAGUAUAAUUUUCCAUUUAUAGCAUAGUGCUGAUUUUGAUCAUUUUAAUUCUUUUUCUUCCCAGAUCAAUUUUUUUAACUCUUUACAUAAUGUAGCAAACUUUUCUAAUAAAUUCAGAAACCAACUCAAACAAUAUUUUUGGUUUGGUUUGGAAAUAUUUCAUCAUGCAAAUAUGUUGUAUCCGUUUUUUUGCAUGUUUAUUUGCUGUGAUUGUAAUAUACCAUGUUUUUUAUACUUGAAUCCAUUUCAGUACUACAGCGUCCAAUCUAGCAACCCUCACUCAUGGUGAAAUUCAUCUCUGUGCUGAGGGCCAGCAUAAGGCAAAUGCAACAUUUAAGACUAGUCCUUAAAGUAGGGUUCAAAUGGGAUUUA